AGAACUCACUUCGAGGUUAGCGCGAUGAUUUGCCGCACUGGCCAAUCAUACCCCGCCAAUUCAUGACCGCCGGACCCACCACAACUGCCUCGCACCUCGACUUCGAGACGAUGCAAUCAUCAACGGCCACAGCAAAGAGCUUGACGCUUGCUGCUCGAUUGCCACCAGACCACACCAUCAGCCACCGUUCGAUCGUCGACUUCCUCGACGACAUUCGAAAGAGGAGCCCGUCACCAUGGCCUCUCUCAGAUCCGCCUCCGCCGCCCGGCUGUUGAGGGCCGCCGCCCCUCGCACAGCUCCUGUCUCCAUGGCCCAGCGACGCUUCAAGACCACAGACGUCGACCGCACCGGCGCGACCAGCAUGGCCGGCAACACCGAGGUCGCGAACCACGUGCCUGCCGUACCCCAGGAGCGGUUGCCAAACUCGCCUGACUACGGCGUCCAUACCGACAAGGCUACCUCAACCUUCACCCCCGUUCCCAAGCGUGUAAUGGAUGGCAGUGAGGACGUCGACUCCCUCCCUGCCGCCGUGCUCUCUGGUGCCCCGAUCGAGCUGCAGGCCAGAACCGUCCGCAUCUACAAGCAGGCCAAGCCGGCGACACAGUCUGGCUCCUGGGGCGCGCACCACUGGCGCAUGGACUGGGACGUGCUGGCCAAGGGCCACCGCUGGGAGAACCCGCUGAUGGGCUGGCAGUCGUCCGGCGACUUCAUGCAGGGCACCAAGAUCGAGUUCAAGACCAAGGAGGACGCCAUCGCCUUUGCCGAGAAGCAGGGCUACGAGUACUUUGUCCAGGAGCCCAAGGAGCGCGUCAUCUCUCCCAAGGCCUACGCCAACAACUUCCUCUACUCGCCCGGCAAGCUCAAGCACAUCCGGACCAAGUAGAUCGACUUCGCUGGGUGGCUGGAACAUGCUAUCGCUUCUGCGGCCGUGGGACAAUGUUCUUGGACGAGAACAGCCAUGCAUAUGCUACCUAGGUAGACGAAUAGGCACAGGCAGUGCUCCAGGUCUCACUUGUCGCCUUGUUCUUGCACUAGAGUGAGGCAGGCAUACCUUGUACAUAUAUAAGACAAAUGAUUCUUGGGACAUCGCUCGCGCACACAAUCCAAUUUGUAUUCAUGCACCAUGUUGAGUCUUGCAAUUA